AUGGACUACAAGUGGAGCUACGGCCCGCGCGAUGACGAAGACGACAACUGCGCUACUUGUGGUCAGGAUCACAAGAGUAUAUGUCUGAUCAACCUCCCAGACUCUCAAAAGUCGCUCGGUUUGGAUCCGAACUGGAUUGACCUGGGACGGUUGAAGGCGUGGGCGCAGCACUGUGACUCGGCUCAUGGAGGCACAUGCCACUCCUUGACGGAAUGGGCAGACAUAUCUCCGCAGUCUUUGGCCCCGCUACUUCUUGUCGACGUCGAUACUCAUCAUCUUGUUGAGAUGGAUCUCUCUAUAUCCUGCAAAAUCAAGUAUGCGGCCUUGAGUUACGUCUGGGGCCGCCUCCCCGACGUGUUGGAAACGACAAAGGCCAACCUGGCUGACCUCAAAACCCCUGGUGCCGUCAACUCUGCUCGUUAUGCUAUUAGUCUCCCAGAUACUGUUCGCGACGCCGUGGCACUCACGAAAUGCCUAGGACUCAGAUACCUGUGGGUCGAUAGACUCUGCAUAGUGCAAGACGAUAUGGUCAGUAAGCCAUUGCAGCUUGCUCAGAUGGGCGCCAUAUACGCCAACUCGUACGUGACACUUGUCGCUUCCGAUGGCCAGGAUGCAAACUAUGGGUUUCGGGGGUCUGUCAGGGGUGUCUCCCAGCCGCGGCAUUUUGAGCCACCAGUGCUAACAUACAAACAAGGGCGCAGAAGCCUCAUCAUAGAGCCUGUAUUCGAGCUCGACUACGACUCAACCGAGUGGCAGCGUCGUGGCUGGACGUUCCAGGAACGCACUCUCUCUAGACGCAAUCUGGUCUUUCAAGAGGGUCGCGUGUUUUGGGAGUGCCCUGGAGCAGUAUGGACAGAGGAAAUGGCCCACAACUCCGAAGACGGAUCAGGAGAUCAACGUUGGCAGAGAAGAAAGCCCUCGUCAUAUCAGCUGACCAUGAGUUCGUGGCCGGAUCUGCUUCAAUAUGAACUGCUUGUUCGUGCUUACAAUACAAGAAUUCUUUCAUUUCCGAGCGAUGGGCUGAACGCGUUCUUGGGUAUUUCGACUGCUCUCUCCCGAUCCUUCAGAGGAGGGCUUCUAUAUGGAGUACCUGAAUACUAUUUCGACAUUGCCCUGCUCUGGAUUCCGUUCUCACCUAUACAUCGACGGCUCGUCAACGGGGAGCCGCAAAGCAUGCUGCCAAGCUGGUCUUGGGUUGGCUGGGAAGGGGGAAACAUCAAUCUCAGCAUCCUACCUCAGCUGACGCGUCACGUCGGAGCAACAUUCGGCUCGUUUCCCCUCGAAUAUGUCGAGAUUCACCCCAUGGUUACAUGGUUGAAAACAAACUCCGAUAGUGGCACGCAGGACAAGAUUGAUAACGGGUAUCAUGAAGCGGUGCUGAUGAAGAACGACAGCACGCUAACACUACCGGAUGGGUGGUCACGUACCAAUGUGACCAAAGGUAGGGAUCUUGGUACCGGAUUCAUACAUAAAUCUCUCCCAGAUACAGUCUUUACAUGGCCUCUACAUAUACCUGAACAUCCUAUUGAGUUUUCGCAAAUCCAGUGGGAGCCGCUGCUGAAGUUCGAGACUACGCGGGCCUUCUUACAUAUUGGAUCCCGCAUCCAUCGUGAUUGGGAGGGUAGAAAUUGGAACGAGGCAACAAAUGCAGCCGUUGAGACGGCCUCUCUGUACCACAUCAGGGGCCCGUCUGGGGAUUGGGCUGGGAUGCUGUAUUCAAACGAUUUCGACCGAGCCCCCGCCGCUGACCACGAGCGCUGCGAGUUUGUUCUCGUGUCUCGUGGUAUCACCUCCAAGGAUCAUGUAGGCGACCACAAUGGUUUGGAGGAAUGGGCACAGGUUCCUGAAAUUAUGGAUCUCAGCACGUAUGAGUUUUAUAAUGUGCUUUGGAUACACCGAAUCGAUGGUAUUGCUUACCGCAGAGGCCUAGGUAGAAUCUGGAAGGACGCUUGGCAUCUUCAACUCACAGAACAGACACAUGUGACACUUGGAUGA